AUGCUGUUGUGUCUCUUACCAGUGGCGUUGACGUUGGCCGCGUUGGCGGCCGACGGUGCCGAGGCCCCGGAAAGGUCCGGGUUGUCCGUGUACUCAGACGACCCGAUGACCAGGCGCAGUACGUCGUACAUACGGUUCGGACGGGGUGGGCUGCAGGACGCGUCACGUUGGACCAAGCGCUUGGAUCCGCAUUUCGUCAGGCGCAACGAUUUCAUACGGUUAAGCCGUUCGAACAAGAACGGCUACAUACGGUUCGGUCGGGCGGGGAAACACGCGACGCCCUGGCAACACUACGACGACGACGUGUUGGACGAUCAUCAAGUCGACGUCCGGUUCGCAAUCGCAGCGGGUGCCGCCGAUGACGACGGCGACGACAACGACAACCGCCCUUAAACGAACAUCGCAUAUUACCCGACACCC